GUGGAGUGGAUGAUGCUGUGGGAGGAGAUAGAGAAGCAGUCCAGGAACAGCCCCCCGGAGGAGAGUACCCAGCUGAAGGUGAACCCUGAGAAGAUCAUACGAAAACCACCUGAAUGGAUGAGAGAUUACUUCUACUACAAGUUUAUGAUGCUUGAUGCUGCAGGUGACGGGGUGUUGGACGAGGAUGAGUUUGUCUACAUGAUGACACAGUAUGGAGCGAGUGAACAGGAUGCUAAGAAAUCCUGGUUUCUGAUGGCUAAGGGUCGCCGUGUCCUGACUCGAGAGGUGUUUGAGGAGUUGUGUGAGCAGUUCUUCCUAAGUGACGACCCGAAUGAUCCUGGCACCUACCUCUCCGCCCGCCUCUACUUCAUCCCUGGGGAGCAGCGAGACACGGCGCCCUAGUUCACCUGUCCCGUGGUACAGUGAGAUGCAAUGAGUUACAGUGUCUUCGUUCGUCUCUACUACCUGCCCAUGGUACAGUGAGAUACAGUGUCUGAUAGUGAGAUACAGGGCCUGGCAGUGCUUUACAGUGAGAUACAAAACCUGGCAGUGCCUUACAUGGCCAGAUAGUAACUUACAGUGAGAUACAGGCCCUGGCAGUACCGUACAGUGAUAUACAGGCCCUGGCAGUGCUUUACAGUGAGAUACAAAACCUGGCAGUGCCUUACAUAGCCAGACAGUACCUUACAGUGAGAAGCAGGCCCUGACAGUGCCGUGCAGUGAUAUACAGGCCCUGGCAGUGCUUUACAGUGAGAUACAAAACCUGGCAAUGCCUUACAUGGCCAGACAGUACCUUACAGUGAGAAGCAGGCCCUGACAGUGCCUUACAGUGAGAUACAGGGCCUGAUAGUGCUCUACAGUGAGAUACAGGUCCUGACAGUGCCUUACAUGAGAUACGGGGCCUGACAGUGCUUUACAGUGAGAUACAGUGCCCUACAGUGAGAUUCAGGGCCUGACAGUGCCCUACAGUGAGAUUCAGGGCCUGACAGUGCCUUACAGUGAGAUGCAGGCCCUGACAGUGCCCUAAAGUGAGAUAUAGGUCCUAACAGUGCCUUACAAUGAGAUGCGGGACCUGACAGUGCCUUACAGUGAGAUGCAGGCCCUGACAGUGCCUUACAGUGAGAUGCAGGCCCUGACAGUGCCUUACAGUGAGAUGCAGGCCCUGACAGUGCCUUACAAUGAGGUACGGGGCCUGACAGUGUCUUACAGUGAGAUACAGUGUCAUACAGUGAGAUUCAGGGACUGUCAGUGCCCUACAGUGAGAUUCAGGGCCUGACAGUGCCUUACAGUGAGAUACAGGCUCUGACAGUGUCCUACAGUGAGAUAUAAGGUCUGACAGUGCCCUACAGUGAGAUACAGGGACUGACAGUGCCUUACAGUGAGAUACAGGGCCUGAUAGUGCCCUACAGUGAGAUUCAUGGCCUGACAGUGCCUUACAGUCUGAUACAAGACCUGACAGUACCUUAUAGUGAGAUACAGGGCCUGACAGUGAGAUACAGUGCCCUUUGUCACCUCUAUUUCUUCCCCGGUCAACAGAGAGAUCGAUCUAUCUUUCUUAUGUAUUUCUAUUGGGCAGCAGUUACCUUCCGACACACUACCACCGCUACCACACACAUUACCUGGCCACUCUCUGACUCACUCAUACAGGGCUGGCUGGCUGGCGCAGUACACACAUCACCUGACCACUGGACUGACUCGUUCAGGGCUGACUGGCUGGCUGGCGCAGUACACACAUCACCUGACCACUGGACUGACUCGUACAGGGCUGACUGGCUCAGUCCACACAUCACCUGACCACUGGACUGACUCGUACAGGGCUCAGUAUACCUCUACUACACCUCAAUUAAUGAAUCUCUCAGAGGGAACAAUCACUAGUCACAGAGCCCCUAAUGGUAUACCCUGACUAGUGUUUAAAUGUACGUGUUAUGCUAAAGGUAGAGUGUUGGUGUGAUUCUGAAGCCAUGUUGGGUAUUGUUUGUAUCUCUUGGCCUUUAAUGUUCAGACGGUUAAGGACGGUCUUAGAUCUUUAGUUAUAAGUAGAGUGGUAACCCAACCUAACCUGUGAGAGUUUGAGCGUGUACAAGAUUCUAGAAUUACAGUAAAUAAGAGAAUGUUAAAAGAAAACUUAGUAUUGUGUGCAAUAUUGAACGAAAUUCUAAGAGUCUUGUCAAUCUCUCUGGGGUGAUGUGUGGUUCUCGUUCAGUUUGUUUACCGAUGUCCAGCAGUCCCCCAGGGUCGUGUUGUGUCAUUAGUGAACGCAAGAAAUGACACAAUCAGGGUUUCAGGACCAUCCAGGGACUCUAGUGUGAUGUAACUUAUAUUGUGAUGUUGUCCUCAGGUGUUCUUGGCAAUAAUCACAGGUAACAUCACAGGUAUAGUCUUGGAGCUUCUCUUCGGGCAGAAAACACACUCUCCAAAAAGUAUCUGUACGAUUUUGUGUGAGACAAUAUGACACAACGGAUGAAGGAUUUUGACAACCCUACCGAGACAACAGGAGUCGCAGUGUUCAUUUUGAAAUUCAUCGACCUUCUCCGUGAAGAUACUUUUUAGAGCGAGUGUUUACAUACAAUAAAAUGUUGAGAGCAUAAAAUAUGAUAUAUUUGAGGUAAUGGACUUUCCAAAGAGUGUCUCAGCCUAGUAAAAUGCAACAAACUGCAGGAAAAAUUGUCAACAAAGAAGCUUUCUUGCGUAUGAUUUGAAAAGUUGAAAUGCAUUACUGGAGAGCUUUGAUCACCAGUGGACAGAAACGAGUCUUUGAAAACGUAAUGUAAUUUAGCAGGAGUUGAAAAUAAAGAAAUAAAAUAAAAGACUAGUAGGAGUGUAGACUGGAAGAGUUUGUUGUGUAAACCAAGGCGGCCAUUGAGCUGCUGAUGCAACCUAAAAAGGCAAUUUAUUUUUUAUAUUUAUUUAUUUAUUUAUAUAUUUUUUUUUACAAAAUGAUGAUAUUUAUACCAAGUUUUAUACCAUAAUGUAAGUGUUCAUGCGUUGUGUGUACAGGGGGUAUUUAUGUUAGUACUGUCUACUGAAGGUGUGUUUGUAUACAGUAAAGUAUAAUAAUGAGAAAUAUUUAUGAACAUGUAUGAAUUAGACAUAAUGAUUAUAUUGUGUUGUAGUAAGGACCUUUAGGAAAUAAGUGCUGUGAAUAAU